CUCACUCGAUUCUCGAGCGCGCGGUCGCCAUGCGAGUUAAAACGAUCUUGAAACGAAAACGAACAUAAUUCAAAAUAAAAAAUUCUAUUUCAUUUUUGAAAAUUCGAAAUCGAUGUUUUUUAUCGAUUUUUGAAAUAUUCCUCUACAUGGUUUUAAGGAUGUGAUUACAUAUUUUUUUUUAAUAUUUUCGAUCUGUAUCUCAAAGGAAUGUGGUUUUAGUGUCAAUGUACAUAAGAACGUGUGUUGUGUGUGUGUGCUUGUGAGUUUUGUGUUUAAAAAUAAGUUCUAAAAGACUGAAAAAUGUGGAGCAUACUCAUGGUAGCCGCGCUGUUCGCGACCGCGCGUUCCAAGCAGAUACCCUCCAACACCGAAAUAGCUACAACCACUGUAGCGACAGCUACAGAGCCAGUCUCAGAAUGGCCAGCAGCCCUAGCGCCACUCGACACCCUGGCGGUGGCGUGCGAGAAGGACAACAUGCAUGUAACCAUCUCCCUCGCACGCGUCCAAUCGCAUCCGAAUAGUGUAUACGACACAUUCAACGGAAUAGUGUAUCCAGCGGGCCUGGGCAGCAACUCUACGUGUCUCAGGGAGUACGUGUCGGCAAGGGGAGACUUGCAGUACACCUUACCACUAAAAGGGUGCAAUACUAUGUCCAAUGAUAAUGAGGAUGGUACCGUGGAAUAUUACAAUAACAUAAUAGUGCAGCCUCACUUGCGCCUUGUGACGGGGCAAGGACGAGGAUACCACGUGCGCUGUCGCUACCGUCGACGUGACCUAAAUCUCUACCAUCUACAUCGACCUCACGCUGAUCGAUUGACCUCUAGGGACAAUUAUAAUAAUGACGAAUACGACGAAGAUUCAGGAUUGUUGCCAUCAGUCACAAUGAAGAUAUACAAGGGUGACCCGGAAGAUAAACAGGUGGCGUCAAAUGUGAAAAUUGGUGACAUUCUGACCCUGGUGGUUUCGUUGGAGAAACAGCGGCAGUAUGGUCUUCUUGUCUCGGAGUGUUCCGUACGGGAUGGUUUGGGUUGGGCUGAACAGAGUCUUAUUGCUGAUGACGGAUGUCCACUGGACGGUGAAAUAAUGGGUCUAUUCCAAUAUUCUCGUGAGAAGCAAGAGGCGCGUGUCUCGUUCCCCGCACACAAGUUCCCCUACACCGCCAGCGUGUACUACACUUGUGAAGUUAAGCUCUGCGAUUUGAAUCAUCCAACUGAUUGCGAGCCAUGUUCCCACAAAAAGAACCGAGUGCGUCGUCAAUCGGACGAAGGAUCGCCAGCUACCGUUGAGGUGUUCUCUGGACUCUACGUCAACGAAGCUGAUUCGCCUGAAAACGAUGAUGUUACUAGCGAAAAGAAGGAAGACGAAAUAUGCAUUUCGCAGAAAAACUUCGCAAUUGGUAUAUGUGUUGCUGGCGUCAUUUUGAUGAUCUGCGUCAUUGCGGCCAUCGCCUUCAUCCUCGCGAGGAGACGAAACCCUAAGACGUAUUCAAGAACUGGCAGCUCCCUAUAUAGUGGACCAUACACUAAUACUGGGUACUCACAUACGAGUUAAUACUGCCUAUAAUAUACCUUACCCUGUGUGACAAGGAAGCAUAUAUAUAUUUAGUAUACAAUUAGAAAGAGACAAAUUAUACGGUAAAGGUUACGUCAUUGUAAUUUAGAAAUCUUUUUCUAAAAUAUUACAACGAAUUAUGACAGAUGUGUUAGUGUGUUCGGAUUUGUGUGUGUAAUACAAUUAUUAUGGUAAUAUCAUAAUAUUUUUAACAUAAGCUCCAGUCAUAACACAUUAUUAGUAAACUUAUAUCGAUUUAUUUUAUCUGUAGUUAUCAUAUUUAAAUAUAGAAUGUUGUGUUCAGAAACCGCAACGAUUCAGUCAAAUUUAGUUAAGUAUUACCAGUGAAAUAAUUUUAAGUAUUAAUAUCACGAAUAACCGAAAUGGUUAGUACUUAUUGUGAUCAUUUGUCCAUUAUAUCCGUCCAUAAAUAUAAUUUAAGUUUCGGAAAUGGUUGCCUUCCAUUACGUAAUAAUAUAUAGGAAGAAAUAAUAUAUAGGAAGAAAUAAUCUAGAAAAUCUUGAAGCCUUUGUCAAUAUUAUAAUGUGAUUUUAUUUAAAUUUAGUUUAUUUCACACUCGUGUGAACUAUUGAUAUGUAAAAACAAUAAUUGUUACUAAAAAUAAUAACGUCCUUUUAAAUUACUUGAUAGUUUGCACGGGCCCUUAAUUUCUAUUACAUACGGUGGCGGGAACUAUAUCUAUCUUCGGUUAGAGGUCACACUUUGUAAAAUGAAAUGGCUACAAAAAGUAAUAUACAGUCUGUGAUAUAUUUUUGACGUAAACUAAUAAAAAAGUUUUUGCUCGAUUGGAAUCUGUAGCCAUUUUAUUUAAUAUAUAAUCCUUAUCGAAUUAUUUUUCAUAUAGUUGCCAUAUUUAAUUAUAAAUUUCUUAGUAGCCAGUUAUCCGUCCAAGUAUAGGUGCUAUUUUAUAAUUUUUAGCUUUUUAAAAAUGCUUUUCGCUUCCUAUAAUGAUGUAACAACGAAUUUUGAUACGUGUUUCAUAAUUACUCCAUUGAUUUUUUUUUUUUUAGUUAUGACUAAAUUACUUUUUUUUGUUACAAUGGAGUUCUGGAACCAUAUCGAAGCGUAAACCUUCUCGGUUUCGGUAGAUUGUGUACGAAUUUUUAACAAAUAUACUGACAUAAAAUUAAA